AUGUCGAAACCUGUCUAUCUCGGUAUCAUCGGCGUCGGUGGCGUUGGAACAUCCUUCCUGAACCAACUAGCCCGUCUCCCUAAUGCUCCUCAACUUGUCCUCCUCGCCCGCUCAACACAGACUCUCCUGUCUCCGACACCGGCCUACUCGCCUACCAUUCCCGCCGCUGAGUGGAAAUCCGCCAUCGAGACGCCCUCUCUCAUCAAGUCUGGCUCCUUAUGCCCCGAGGAGAUCGCCUCGUACCUCUCCUCCACCCCCGGCCGCUCCAUCCUGGUCGAUAAUACCAGCGACCCGGCCCUCGCCAGCGCUUACCCCGUCUUCCUCCGCAAGGGCAUCUCCAUCGUCACCCCCAACAAGAAGGGUUUCUCCUCUGACCUGGCCCUGUGGAGGGAUAUCUUUACCGCCGCAACCCAGGGCAACGCCCUUGUCUACCACGAAAGUACCGUCGGCGCCGGUCUGCCUGUCAUCUCGACGCUGCGCGAUCUAGUCGCCACCGGAGACGAGGUCACUCGCAUCGAGGGCGUGUUCUCGGGCACGUUAUCCUUCCUGUUCAACACGUUUGCACCCGCGUCGGGUUCCUCUUCCCCCGCUAAAUGGAGCGAGGUCGUCGCCCAGGCCAAGGAACUAGGUUACACGGAGCCCGAUCCGCGCGAUGACCUGAACGGAAUGGACGUCGCGCGGAAACUGACCAUUCUGGCCCGUAUUGCCGGUUUGGAAGUUCAGGCCCCGGACUCGUUUCCUAUCGAGUCGCUGAUCCCUGCGGAAUUGGCCUCGUUGCCGUCCUCGGCGGAUGGAGUCGCCCAGUUCAUGACAAGAUUACCCGAGUUCGAUGGCCAGAUGGCUGCCAUCAAGGACGGCGCUGAGAAACAGGGUAAGGUGGUGCGGUACGUCGGUAGCAUCGAUGUCGGUACGAAGGAAGUGCGCGUGGGUCUGCAACAGUUCGAUCGCGAUAAUGCCAUUGCCGGCCUCAAGGGUAGCGAUAAUAUCAUCAGCUUCUAUACCAAACGGUACGGUAACAACCCCUUGAUUGUCCAGGGAGCCGGCGCCGGCGGUGAUGUGACGGCUAUGGGUGUGACGGCGGAUCUGCUGAAGGUAGUGGAACGUUUGCAUUAG